AUGACGACAGAGGCUGAAAUCACCACAAACUCGGAUUCUGGCAGAGUUUCCCUGCAGCAUCUCUGGGUUCAGCGUCGACAGCGGCUGAAGGCUGUGGGGGAACUUAGUCAGGACUCAGAGUACAAACACUGGGUCUUGCGUCAGCCGGAGAAAGUCCUCAUUCAUAGAUGUCUGUGGUGGAUAUUGGGCCAGAUUCCAGGAACAUUAUAUUGUGAUAAAAGCCACGGUUCUGCGGUUUGUCCUGCGUUCGUCUUCUCGUCACCGGCACUUCCUCAGCCUCCUCUUUCCUUCCAAAGCAGAACCUCUGGGCCCAGCUCCAGGUCUGAGAGGACUCCAAUAGCCAAGAGCUUCAACAUGGAGAUGGUGGAUUACUGA